AUGGCAGAAGUACAAAAUGGACUUGCAGACAGGCAUACGACCGUAUUUGUGGUCACUUUGGUGUUUUCUGUCUUUGCGACGGCAUUCAUCGGGAUGAGAAUGUUGUCAAAGGGGUGGAUAGUAAAGAGGUACACGCCUGAUGAUUGGUUUGCUGUUGCCGCUUGGGUCUUCUCUAUGGGGGUCUCGGUCUCCGUCAUGAUAGGCGCUCAGGCUGGCUUGGGCAAGAUGGAUUCUGUCCUCUCGGAUUACCAGAGCGAGUCUCAAAAGAAAGCCAUCUACGCCUUCACCAUUUUUUAUAACCUCGCCCUCUCCACCACCAAGACUGCCGUCCUCAUCCUCUACGUCCGCAUGGCCGCAGCCCACUUUUUCCUACGUUGGGCAUCAAUAGCCACCAUGGCGGUCGUCAAUAUGGCAGGUACGGCGCUGGUGCUGGUCAUGAUCUUCAGGUGCCAUCCUGUCAGCGCGGCCUAUACGGACGGAGGGACGUGUAUGAACCUCAUCUCGAUCUUUCUCUCGUCGUCGCCAGUCAACAUCCUCACCGACUUUGCUAUCCUUCUCUUACCGCUGCCAAUCUUGACACGGCUGAGGAUGGAGUUUCGACAAAAGGUGGUGCUUGUCGCGACGUUUAUCGUUGGUGGCUUCGUCACCGUGGUGGACGUCGUCCGAGUCGUCUAUCUGCAGAACGCACUCAAAGACGAAUUUGAUUCUGGUAACAGCAACGCCCUCGCCACCACUUCUGGCGAAAGCUCGAAAAACUAUGGCUACCAUAUCAGCUACUCGCUCUUGUGGUCUUCAAUCGAGGUCUCUGUCGGGUUGAUGUGCUGCUGCGUGCUAGUACUCAGGCCUCUGGUCUUGCGCAUCUUGCCAGCAAUCAUAAAAAAUCCGAAUAGGACUACCAUCACUUCCGGCGGUCUCGGAUCCUUCACUUUCGGUGGACGCGCCAGAGCAGAGGCAUCCGACGAAGAGCCUUUACGAGAUGGGCGAGAGUCGUCGGGGGCUACCAAUGGGACUGCUGCGACUGGUAUAACCAAUCAGAAUGUCAGUCACGCCGGAGAAGACCCCGGGCGCGUCAAUGGCGGAUCCACUUCCUCCGGACCCCAGCCUUGGGACAACGAGCUCGACCUCUUUGCCAUGCUUGCUAGCGAUCCCCCUGCACAACCACAAUCGAAAGCGCCAAAGAAGAUGUCGGGCGCGACGGUAAAGCUGCAGCAAAAGUAUCCGGCAUUGUUUGGACGACAUCUGGCGUCGGCGUCGACCGAGGCGAGUCAGGAGCCGACUCAGGCGUUCUUUGAUUUUGUACAGAUGGGAGGGAACAAGUCGUUGACAGAGCUGAGUACAAAGGAGGCGAGGAAGGUUGUCUUGUUUGUCAGCAUCCUCUUCUUCCUCUGGGGUUUCGGCUACGGCCUCAUCGUUACUCUCAAUACCCAAGUCCAAAAGAUCCACGGUUUCUCCCGCCACCAGGCUUUCGCCCUCAACUGCGCCUACGGUCUCGCCUACUUUAUCGCCCCGCCCUUGAUCGGCUACUGGGUCCUCAAAAAGUACGGCUUCAAAGCCACCUUCAUCACCGGUCUCACCAUCUAUUCUAUCGGGGCUAUGGCUUUUUGGCCGUCGGCUGUUUUGGGCAGUUAUGGCGGGUUCUUUGUGAGCAACCUCAUCAUUGCGAUGGGGCUGGCGACGUUGGAGACGGCGGCAAAUCCGUUUGUGGCACUAGCAGGCCCGGGAGAGUUUUCGGAGGCGAGGCUCAACUUUUCGCAAGCCUUUCAGGCUAUCGGGGCAUUUGUGGCGCCCAUCAUUGCCUCCAAAGCGUUGUUCGGGGACGGCGACGUCUCGGAACAGAGACUUUUUCGAGUGCAAUGGUGUUACCUCGCCGUUGCCAUCUUUGUCCUCUUCCUCGCCAUUGCCUUCUUCUACGUCCCCUUGGCCGAAGCCACCGACCAAGCGCUCGACAAGGACACAGAGGACAGAGAAAUGCGGGCGGAUCUUUCGCAUCAUGCCAAAUGGUACGGGCUGUCAACCAGGAUCGUACUACUGUGUAUGGGAGUCUUCACGCUUUGGCUCUACAUUGGCGCCCAAGAAAGUCUUGGUUACUUUUGGCCACUUCUUUCGCGGACCAUCAAUCCGGGGUUUGACACGCUCUGGGGCCGCACUAUCAGUCGAGGCGGUCAUGCUAUUGGCCGCUUUGCAGCCGCCAUCCUCUGCUACAUUGGCGUCCCACCUCGAUUUAUCAUUCUCUUCUGUGCCCUGGGUUCUCUGGUAACGGGCCUUGUGUCUAUCAUUGCUCCGAUAGGGCACGGCACAUACGCAAGCCUCAUUCUCAUCGAAGUCUUUGAAUCCGCCAUCUUUCCCACCGUCUUUGCCAUCACCUCGCGCAACCAAGGCCGUCAUAUCAAAUCCACUUCGGCCGCUCUCAUCAUGGCCGCCUCUGCCGGCGCCGUCUGGCCUGCCGUGGCGUACGGUAUCAGGAUCCACCACAUGCAUGUACGGCAUCUCUUGAUACCGUCCGUCGUGGCCUGGGCAUUGGUUGUACUCUACCCUCUAGCGCUCAGUAGUGUCAGUCAGUUUAGAGGGUGGAUAGAUCCAAAGGCGAGCAGGAUCAAGAAGGAUGAACAUGUGGGGCAGGCGGAGAAGGGGCAGCAGUUGGAGGUGGAAGUGGGGGAUAUGGAAAUUAGUCCGAGGAAUGUUGGGGAUGACCUUCCGGGUUUGUCGGGAAAUAGGGGUUUCGGGGGAAGGGAGAGAGCGAGGACAUUGAAUAUGGAAGAGGUGCUGGCGGCGCCGAUGACCAUGGGUUUGGGGCUGAACCUAGAAGCUGAAGAAGAUUUGCAGAAUGGGGGUCAAAGAGAGGGAUAA